GAGCGGCAUAGCUCCGUCCUGUCGGCGUGGUCCGGCUGGAUUCGUUUUGCAGGCUGGCUGUUAGGGAAUACUUAAAACUGGCGCAGAGCCUACACAAGAAUGUGCCGUUUUCAGAGGGGCGGAGACAAGCUUGCCUUGCAUCCAUAGUGAGGAAAGCAGCGUAAAGGCAGCCUCACUGUAGGCUGCUGCAGGGACUUGCAUAAGUUUACAAUAGGGAACACAAAGCUUCUCUCUCGGUUCUUCCCGGCCAUAAUGGGCGGAUGUUUUUCGGUCCCUCAGACGAGUCACACAGCCCGGUAGGCAUUUGUGUCCCGAUGCAAUGCUGCUGAACUAACCAGAAUCGUCCACGCUGGAGUGACACUGGGACUCGAACAAGUGACCCGCCUAACAUAGUUAGAAGUGCGGCUAUUUUGGAGAGACGCAACAUUGUACCCAGGAGGAAUCGGCGCAUGGUCACAUCCACGGACCCCAGCCUUAUAUUUCUGCGCGUGAUAUUGCCGAGCACCCUCCGCGGCUGCUUCCCCGUGGGGUGGCUCUGAAAAGUGGACAGUCUGGUUUGUUUUCUCCAUCCACUUCGAACCUGCAUGGAACAAAGUGUGCUUUCUGAAACAUAACCUGCGGUCUUGAGGUGGAUCCAGGCGGUUUGUCAGCGUGGGGUUUUAUGUGCUAACAUUGCCUGUCGAGAUUCCAGCUCCUUCCGACCUGUAUCAUGAGGACCACCGAGGAUGCAGAGGGCUUUGACGGCGAGGCCUCCAACACCUCCAUGAUCUCCGGGGCCAGCAGCCCGUAUCAGCCCACCACCGAGCCCGUCCUCUCUAGGAACGUUCUGGGGGGGAUAAGGUGCGACAUGGAGUACCUGAAGUCAUACUUUGGGAUUUUAAAGGUGGUUGAAGUGGUCCUAUCACUGAUUGGAUUCAUCUGCAUAGAGACUAUCAUGAUGUGUUCUCCCUGCGGGGGGGUCUACUUCUUCGAGUUUGUCAGCUGCAGUUGCUUCGUGGUAACCGGAGUCCUCCUCCUCAUCUUCUGCCUCAACCUGCACACCAAGGUGCCCCACGUCAACUGGAGCCUCACGGACCUGGUUAACACAGCGGCCAGCACCUUCUUCUUCUUCUUGUCCUCUCUCGUGUUGGCCUGCAUCAACCACAACACUGGAGCUGAAAUAGCAGCUGUGAUCUUCGGCUUCCUGGUGACAGGUGUGUACGGAGUCAACUCCUUCCUGGCGGUACGGAGGUGGCGCCGGGGCAAUGGGUGUCAGGGGGCGGCUCAGACCAGCGAGUACAUGCGAGCGCGCACGGCGUCUCGUGGAGAAACGGAGGCCAGGCCCGAGCUUGCAUGAAAGCAGGCAGAGAAUCAGACAGACUAAAGGAAAGACACACUACCAGCACCAGACUGAGAUGGAGUCUGCCUUCAGAUCAGCAUUUCAUUCAAGUGUCCAGUGGAAGGGCAUCUCCAGCUCACCACAUGCUUUUGACUUCUCAUCAAGUGUUCAUUUCAAAUCCACAGAUGAGCUCUAUGGUUUGGUUCAUCAGGCCUCCGGGCUUCAGUGACACAUACAGACUCUAAAGUAAAGAGCUCCAGUCAGAAGUGAAGGUAUACUCUGUAGAACUUUUCAUCCUCAUGUUUUUCCAAGUCAGCAUGAAGGAUGACUCCAACGAAGAGCCAAAACUAAAAAUGUCUGACUACACUCCAAUGCGCACUAACUCCCGUUCUGGCGUAGGUGUUGACUUUUUAGAAGGUUUUGUGUUUCACUGUGAAUGAAGUUAAAGAAGGUCAGCUUUUUGUACAGUUUGCUUAUUUUGCGCCGAUGUCUGUGAAGUCUGUGGUAUUAAAUGUAGCCGUGGAUCCAGGACCUGCAGCAUAUAGUAACCUAUCCACGACAGAGGCACCAGGACAUUUACUGUUAUCUCUCAGAUACUGACUUCAGCCUUUGGUUAUCAAGGCUGACAUUAGAUAUUUGAAUGUUAUGAUUACACAUGCUGUGUGUGUUUCUCCUUUGUCGACACUAACUUUACAAAUGCCUCUAACACCGGACCUCUAGCUGCUUUGAAUAUCUCUGCUGCCAACACGUAAACAGUAACAGUACAGGAUCACUCUUAACUGCAAUAAAGACAGCAGUGAAACAGAUUCAACACACAUUCAUCCAAUGGGAUUGACACAAUAAUGAAAAAUAUUAAAUAAAAAUCCUUCAUUUCAUCUUCCUUAUCUCAGGUUGUGGUUACCAUCAAAAAUAUAUUCAGACUAGCAUUCCUAACAUUUUAAUUUCAAGGUCUGUGUUGGGUCAACAUUGUGAGGCAGGAUUAGGUUGUAUCAGGUGAUUAUAAGGUAAUUGGUAUCUUGUGACUUUUGCACAUAUCUAUGGCUUCAGGUUACACGUAUGUUGAUGGUACAUCAGUAACAGUAAUUGAGUUGGUGACCUGGUCAGGAUCAAAGCCCCCAGCCUAUAGACUGAAUCUCAGGUAUUGACAACCUCCUUCCAUAUUGAGUCUAAAAAAAGGAUUUGAAAUUGAAUCACGGGUUGCCUCGUUCUGAUCUGCAUUUCUUUAUGCCAUUAAAACCACAAGUUAUGAUAUGACUGUCAUAGAGAAUACCAUUUUAGUGAAACUUUAAUGAUUUUUUUAAAUGGAAGAG